AUGUGUCACUUUUGCAGUAAUAAUAAUGACAAUAAAACGGGUAUAAAUUGCAUUUACGAAGGACGUUAUACUUAUUAUUUGAUUCAAAUCACUAGAAUUACUACAUCACUAGUCAAGAAGAUGUUUGUCUUUGAAAUGCCAAGAGUGGUACUCAUACAAAAACCAUCACUGGCAAUUAUACAUCGACUCAUUCAAUUCUUUAUAUUCACAUAUUUCGUUAUAUAUGUUAUGUGGUUAAAGAAAGGUUAUCAAUCAUUCGAUCGUCCCAUCAGUGGUGUAGCAGUCAAAGUGAAUGGUGUUGCAUGGAAACACAUAUUCAAGCAUCAGAAUCCUGAUGCGAAUGGAAUAAUUGUGCUGGACAGUGGAGAUUACUUACUACAACCUACACAGAAUUCUGGAUUUUAUUUAAUAACAACAAUAAGACACUUUGUAGUACAAAGUAUGUCAACGUGCAGUGAAGGUGAUCGAUUGCCUGAUGCACAAUGUCAAGAAGAUGAACACUGUCCAGCUGGUUACCAAGCGGGAUUCCAAGCAUUCGGUUAUGAUGGUAUCGUACCAGAUGAGAACUCCAUCGCAAUCGAUGAGAGUGGACAUGGAAUAUUCACAGGGAAAUGUUUGAAGGAUCAUGGGAAAUGUGAAAUAUUCGGUUGGUGUCCAACUGGUGAUGACUAUGAAUAUGAAUUGAGGAAAGAACGUAAUGCGAAGAAGAGAUUGAUUCGACCACCAAAUAUUAUAGAAGGAUAUUAUAAUUUUUUCACAGAUUUACAUUUUUUAGAAGUGAAAAAUCGAUACAAUGAUCUUACGCCACAUUCCGUUGAUCCUCUAUUCGAAGUUGUCAAUUUCACAAUGCUGAUUAAAAACAGUAUAGAGUUUCCUGCAUUUAAUACGAAACGACAAAAUGUUUUAUCCUGGAUGACAGAUAGUUAUCUACAAGAGUGUUUGUAUAAUCCUGAACACGAAGUUGAUCGAUACUGUCCCAUCUUCCGUCUCGGUGAUGUAUUCAAAUUCGUUGGGACGAACACCAAUCGUCUGUUGAAAUAUGGUGGAGUGGUUGCCAUCACAAUCAGUUGGGAGUGUGAUUUAGACUGGUCUCCUGAAUACUGUUUACCGAAGUAUGAAUUUCUUGAAUUGGAGAGUGUUCACAAAGUUCGUAAACUUCGAGUGGAUAAUUCCACUUAUAGUCAUCAAGGUGGUCAUAUGAAGUGGUCACCAUCACAGUCAGAGGAUACAUCAACGUCAACCACAACAACAACAGACAGUUCAGAUGCAACGAUUGAUUACACAUAUGCAGCACACACACCGAAAGAUGAAGAUGAUAUAAUCGGUGACGAAGAGAUUGUCACAGUUCAUGAAGGCUCCGCUGUGCGUGUAACGUCAUAUUUCGGUUAUGAUUCAGAGAAUGUGAAAAAGAGGAGACGCAUUCUAGUUCAUGUGAAUGGCAUACAAUUCAUUAUCCGUGUCACUGGGAUAGCUGGGAAAUUUAAUUUACUUUCAUUUACAAUGAGACUUGGUUCUGGUCUUGGACUGUUGGGUUUAUCUAAAAUAGUCACUGAUAUGAUCCUGUUUCAUUUUACACGCGAUCGCAAACGCUAUAAACAGAUUACUUGUGAUAACAAGACACUGAAGCGUUUAUUAGCUAUAGCUGCACAAACUAGUCUGCCUGAAUCACGUCGUACACAAGUGAUGCAUGCAAUUUAUGAUUCACAAGCAACUAGACAGAAUGAUAUUCAAGGUGGUAAGGUGAUUCAGUUGAACAGAUAA